AUGACUCUACAAACCUACCUUAUCGCUAUUAUCACUUACUUCGGAUUUUCAUCCUUUCAUGCAUCUCAACAACCCUCACUGCAAUACCCACUGCAGUUGGAUGAUGCAGAUCUCACACCUCCUGCUCCCAAAGACCUCUCUUUCAUACCCCCUGGUGCUGCGGAAGAGACCAUAGGCGAGCCUUUUAGGUGUCAGUAUCCUUCCAUGGCAGCCGAGUAUAUCUACAAUGCUAAGCCGGAGAAUCGGAGUGUUUGGCUUAAACAUCGGACCAAUCUGUCCCUGGACUUUGACAUAAACACGGACUAUGAAACGAGAUGGCCUGUUGGUAUUGAGCGCAAGUACAUCCUCACGGUGGGUGAAAGAUCGUUGAAUCUGGACGGAAUUGAGUUCCCCUAUGCCAAGGUCUUUAAUAAUAGCUAUCCUGGGCCAUGGAUCCAGGCAUGCUGGGGAGACAGGAUUAAUAUCACCGUCAAAAACAAUCUCAGGAAAAAUGGAACCGCAAUCCACAUGCAUGGACUUCGAAUGCUAAGCAAUGGCCUCAUGGAUGGUGUGCCUGGGGUAACUCAGUGCCCCAUUGCCCCAGGAGACACCUUCAGCUAUGUAUUCAAUACAACGCAGUAUGGUACAACAUGGUACCAUAGUCACUAUAGUCUUCAGUACUCUGAUGGCGUGUUGGGGCCAUUGACCAUCCAUGGACCAACAUCGGCAAACUUUGACAAGGCCAUUGACCCAAUCAUCUUCACGGAUCACAAUCACCAGAGCGCUUUCCAGUUAUACUACCAAGAACAGUUUGCGAAUAACUCGACCCGAGUCCCACCGAAACAGACGAGUAUCCUGCUCAAUGGACAUGGGAGCUAUGCUGGCUCUUUCCCGGAAAGGCGAUACCAUAAGAGGGUUCAAGCGCAAUCCGUCUAUCGGCAACUGACUGAUAGUCAGGGCAAAAAAUACAUCCUCAGGCUUAUCAAUGGGUCAACCGAUACCACCUUUAUAUUCAGCAUUGACGGACACAACCUCACGGUGGUCGGCAUGGAUCUGGUGCCGGUCCAACCCUACACGACAGACCAUAUAUACGUUGGGAUAGGCCAGAGAUACCAUAUCCUUCUCGAAACAAAAACCGACUUUAGUGAUUCCAUGAACAUGGCCUACUGGAUCCGAACCGACCCUGCUACUGGGUGCCACAACUUCGAAACCUUCCCAGACACCAGACAGGGUAUCCUCUGGUACGGAGGCGGCUCACAUCCACCGAUUCCGACGACAAAUGCACACCAAUACAACAACACCUGCAGUGAUAUGCUAGAUUUGGUGCCGGUCGUCCCUUGGACCAUUGAUGAGCCACCCCCCCAUCAUCCCAAUGUGGGAGACGAACCAGAGGCGACUGUCAACUUUUGGCAGUUCCUGAACGAUACUCUGUGGGUGAACUACGCGGAGCCAACUGUCAACCAUCUUGAUCCUCCAUAUAACAGUAGUGCUGUCAUCUAUUUGGCUGCUGAAGCUCAACCCGCGCAGAUCACAUGGAACUACAUGCUGAUCAUCGGGGGUAACAUCGUCGCUUCACCCCCAGUAACUGGAGGCAAUCUGGCUCCCAACGCACAUCCAAUCCACCUCCACGGCCACGACUUCGCCGUCCUACAAUACUCCACCGACAAGUACAACAGCAGCGAAGACCUAGACCUGAAUCUGGAGAACCCACACCGUCGUGAUGCUGUCCUUCUCCCGCAGAAUGGGUUUAUUGUAAUCGCAUUCAAGACCGACAAUCCAGGCUCCUGGACCCUACAUUGUCACAUUGCAUGGCAUGCUUCUGCGGGCUUGGCUUUCCAGGUCCUGGAAGAGCAGCCGGCUUUCAAGGCGGGCAUUGAAGACUCCACCGUUGCGAGAAAUCAAUUGGAUAGGACGUGUCAGAAUUGGGAUGUUUGGUUUGCGAAUGCUUCAAAUCAUUGGAACCCGAAUGGGAGGUUUCAGGAUGAUUCGGGGAUUUGA